AUGGCAUACCUUACUCAGCAACACACUUACCCAAUGCGGCCAACAAACAAAGAGCCCCAGUGGGCAACCGUCUAUGACGAUCUGUUCAGCCAAUACGUGGACAUUGACGCCGAUGACUUCCAAUUCGGCAGCAACAGUUCAGACGAAGCCUGCAGCAACAAUGAAACUCUCAGCUCGAUCGAGACCGACAGUGGCGAAAGCAGUACUUCCGAAGCAGCAGCCCGCCGUCUUUCAGAUGACUUUUGGGCCAGAACACUGGCGGUGCUGGAGGAGAGCGCUUCGUCUUUGGAACUGCAGCAGCAAGACAGCGGCAGAUCACAACAAAGAGAACAACACCAUCACACUCUUGCGCCAGCCGCCUCUUUCUACAACACAAAGAACACUCCUCAUGCGGAUUUUCUGAGUCUCGGUGGUUACCCCAGUCCACACAUCUCGACUGUUCCAUCUUCGCCAUCAGCAGACGCAGCGGCCAGGCGCCGAAGAGCAAACAAAUACCAACACGAACUUUCUGCAAAGACUCCUGAGAGACCUGUUGGCGUUACCAAAGCAUAUCGAUCAUCCAGCAAGUCACCAAAGAUGAUGUCGCCAUCGCGUUAUAGGGCAGGUGCUCCGGACGCUUGGGUAGAGAAUAUCUACCACACUCCCACCAGAAUGACUAGCAUGACUCUGCCUGUCAGAAGUACGCCCUUGACUCCCCCUUCCAGCGGAAGAAGUAAACCUGCAGCAAUCGGACUCGGUUUUCAAGGCUUCGGCACUCUCGACGCUUCCCCCUUCCAACCAUUCACAAACUACGACGAGCAAGCAUCACCCUUCUCGAGCACCUUCAACCAACAGAGCCUGCCUAGGCAGCUCUACAGCCCUGAAGCCUCACCUCUGACCAGCCCCAGCGUUGAACGCGGGAGCAUGGCAUUCACCGAAGAACCCACCGCCUUCCGCGAGAUCUACUACGAGCAGCAACCUUCAUUAGACUCGUACAACAAGUCCGCCUGGAGCGCAAACUCGUUUGGAGCAGAGGACAUCUACGAGCCCUCUCCGACGUUCAGCCCUUGGAUAGCAAGCGAGAAGAAAGAAGCAGAGUAUCAAGCUUCCCUCAACAACUUCCAAGUCCACAGUAGUCUGUUGCCCACAAGUUACGAUGAUCCUACCUUGGCUCCUGCGUAUAUGGAAACAACUUUGGCAGAAACCACACCUUACUACACCGCUGCCGCAUACCCUUCCACCACCAACAUCACAAGAAAAGAAUCACGUACACCCUCUCCAUCACGCAACCGCAUCACAAAGCGCAACUCUUCCUCGAAACCCCACAGCCGGAAAUCCAGCUCCGAGCACAAAUCAAGCAACAGUCGUGCAGCAAGCAAAUCCGGCGGUUUUGUAAACUACACGCCUUCAGACAGUGAAAAGCUACUCACCGGUGUUGCGCCAUCGGGCAGCAGCAAAACGAAAGCGAGAAGAGAGAGAGAAGCUGCGGAGAAGUGGAGGAGGUUCGGUCAAGCUGCUGCAAAGGCUGUUGCUGAGGCCGGUGGUGAGAUUGCUGCACCGGUGGCUGAUAUGUUGCUUGUUGAUGCUCAGGCGGGUGGACCUUGGGUUUAA